CUAAAAACCAAAACCUUGAAAUAGGGUGACGGAAAUAACAACACAGCUGAAAAAAAAAAAAAAAAUCUUUCAGUUUCCGCCAUUGUCCUCCCUCUACUUCGCAGACUCCCCUGUGACUUCUGCCGAUUUCUCGUUCGAGAUAUCAAACUAUUUAUUUUAUUUGCCUAAUAUUUCAUUGCAUAUAUAUGUGCCAUUUGAAUCCACCGCUCGCUCGUCACAGUUUCCCUCCUCUCCGAUGGCGGGUCCAAUCAGACCCACAUUCCAGUCUUCUUCUUCUUCUUCUAAUGCCUUCGUUUUCCGUCUCCUCUUUCUUCUCACUCUCCUCCCCUUGACUCUCGCGGCUUUCGCAUUCGUCCUCCAAUGGCGUGGCGGAUUUUUGAGCGACCCCAUUAACAGAUGGUCUCCCGAAACCCAUCAGUUCCCCGGCAUGAUGACAACCGUCGCCGAGGAGGCUGAUGCCGGCAGCGGCUCCGCCAAGGCUGUCGUCAGAAGUUCGGAUUCCGGGUGUUCUCUUUUGGGUCCCUCCCAUUCCGCUUCGUUUCCUUAUUACCGGAAUUGGAAGUUCGACUAUGGGUCGGAUCUGAAUCCCAAGAUAUCUAUAACAACGAGCACUUCUGCUGGCUUGGAGCAGACUUUGCCAUGGAUAUUCUAUCAUAAGGUGCUUGGAGUUUCCACUUUUUUCCUUUUCGUAGAGGGAAAGGCUGCCUCCCCUAGCGUAUCCAAGGUUCUGGAGACAAUUCAGGGUGUGAAAGUCAUAUACAGAACUAGAGAACUCGAGGAGCAACAAGCUAAUAGUCGCGUUUGGAAUGAAACUUGGUUGUCAAGCUUCUUCUACAAACCUUGCAAUCAUGAGUUAUUUGUGAAGCAAUCACUCAAUAUGGAAAUGGCCAUCGUCAUGGCAAGGGACGAAGGAAUGGAUUGGAUAAUCCACCUUGACACAGAUGAGCUCAUUCAUCCUGCUGGUGCUCCUGAGUAUUCAUUGAGACGGCUGCUGUCCGAUUUACCUCAAGAUGUUAAUAUGGUUGUCUUUCCAAAUUAUGAGAGUAGUAUCGAGAGGGAUGAUAUCAAGGAACCUUUCAGUGAGGUCUCAUUAUUUAAGAAAAAUUAUGAUCAUCUUCCUAGAGAGGUAUACUUCGGAAAUUACAGGGAAGCCACCCGUGGCAAUCCAAACUACUUUCUGACAUAUGGAAACGGCAAGUCUGCUGCUCGUGUACAAGAUCAUCUUCGUCCCAACGGUGCACAUCGAUGGCAUAAUUAUAGGACGACUCCCAAUGAAGUCAAAUUUGAAGAGGCUGCUGUACUGCAUUAUACAUAUACAAAAUUUUCUGAUCUGACCUCAAGGAGGGAUCGCUGUGGGUGCAAACCCACUAAAGAGGAUGUCAAGAGGUGUUUCAUGUUGGACUUCGACAGAGCUGCCUUCAUUAUUGCUUCAACUGCCACAGACGAAGAAAUGCUCCGCUGGUACCGGGAACAUGUUGUUUGGACAGACAAAAAUUUGAUCCUCAAGCUCCAGAAAAAGGGCAUCCUAACUCGCAUUAACUCUCCCAUGGUAAUUAUUCAAGCACUAAGGGAAGCUGGAGUAUUCAGCUCAGUAAUAUCAGAAGCAGCAGCAAAGAGAAACAUCCCGAUAGGGGACUUCUCAUCAUCAGUGAAUACUACUACUACUAACCCUAGUAGUCCAGACGUGCCCACCGGCUUGAUGUAUUCGAGAAAGAUUGGCCAGGAUAAAAAGAAGAAUGCAGAAUCCGAUCCAGCAGGUGGAAGAAGGUUGUUGGACACGUCUUCUCACCCGCCAGCAGUGCCUCCACUUCCUCCACCUGGUUUACAAGACAAUAUUGAAAUAGUUUCAACAUGAACUGCUACAAAUGAAAUACAGUGAUAUGCAGUUGAAAUGGUACCAUCUUCUUGUGAAUACCCACUUUCUUUAAUAAAUUGGGGAUUUGCAAGUCAAUGGGAUGGAGAACGACCCAAACUCCUUUUACCACCCACAUCAGGUUACAUCUGCCUGCUUUGAGGUGGGGACAAUGGGGAGUUUCAUUAUGGUAAACCAUAUUUUGAUACAGGAAUAGAGGGAGGACCAAUGGGAUUCUAGGGUUAGAUUGCUCCCCUCGCAAUAAAGAUUCCAACUUUCUUGAAAGCCAUUGAUGGGUUGUUUGGCUUCUGGGCCGCUAACAUUACAGGUGUGGAAAGAAAGUAGGCAGGCAGGAAAAAGCACUAAAUAUGGGUGUGGGGAUGUGAUUUGAAAUUAGGCGAAUCCUGAGGCUUAGCUUCGAAGAGAUGAGGAAUAAUGGGUGGUGAUGGUGGGAGACAAAUUGCUUCAUAGUAGGGGCAAGCAACAUCAAAUAAUAGUAUGCAAGCAUGGAGCUUACUUGCGUUGGUACUUAAUACACCAAUACCACCCCUCUUCAAUGUGUGCUCUUUGGUUGGCCUACAACUUUUAGCAUUCAUUAAUACUUAAAAAAGUAUUUAAUUGAUUUCUUUUCUCGGAUUUUUUUAGAA